AAAUAUAACCCCGGGUAGGGGCUAAACUUCAACCUUUUGUCCUAGGUCAGAAAAUCUUGAGUUUUUUCAGGAAAAACGAAUCGAAAUGAUUUUCCUCAGUUAAUUUGUCAAAACUUUCCCAUCUUCCCUUAUUGAACUAUGGUCGAAAGAAAGCUGUAUGUGAGCUUUUUCUGUCAACGGUGUCUACAACCUUUGAAACUCGACGAUUCCUUCAGCACCCUCGACGUUCACACUCGGGCAGAACUUUCACUACCGAUACAUGCGUCUCCUGAGGUCGAUCUUGAAGCUGCCAGCAUUGAUCAUUUGGUGCCUGCAUUUCAAUUAGAAGAUUCAGGAAAUGGAAAUAAUGGAUUUACAUUACUUGGAGCUCAAGGGGAGUCAGGGGACCUCAGCCAUCACAUGAAGGUCACUGCUGGUCUCUUUGACAUCGUCUCGUCAAAUUCUGAUGUGGAUCACCCGUUGUGUGAGGAAUGUACCGAUACUCUUAUAGACCUUAUGGAUAAACAGUUAAAACUGACAGAAGAGGAAUGGGAAGAUUAUAACCAGUUUCUACAAAAAUAUUUUUUUAGGCUUAAAAAUGAAAGUUACACUGAGAGUGUGGAGGCUCUUGAAAAGGAAUCAGAAGAUCUUCAAAAAGAAGAAGAACGUUUGAUGAGCGAAUUGAAAGUAAUGCAGGAAGAAGAAAAAGAAAUAUUAAAAGAGUUAGCUGUACAAGAAGAAGAAAGAGAUAGAUUGGAAAGGGAUGAAAAGCGGUAUUGGAAGGAAUACAAUAAACAUCGAAAUGAAUUAAUCUUGAUAGAAGAUGAAUACAAAAGUUUAGAAUGGCAACUAAUGUAUGCCCAGAAUCAACUCGAUAAACUUAAGAAAACAAACGUUUUUAAUGCUACCUUUCAUAUUUGGCAUAGCCAUAGUGGACAUUUUGGCACUAUAAACAAUUUCAAACUAGGGCGUCUCCCAUCUGCGCCAGUGGACUGGAGUGAAAUAAACGCUGCUUGGGGUCAGACUGCCCUAUUAUUGACUGCACUUGCGAAUAAAAUGAAUUUUUCCUUCCACAAAUACCGUCUCGUACCAUACGGCAAUCAUUCGUAUAUCGAAGUUCCUUCGGAGCAGAAAGAAUUGCCGCUUUAUGGCUCGGGGGGCUUCCGAUUUUUUUGGGACACCAAAUUCGAUGCGGCGAUGGUAGCGUUUCUAGAUUGCUUACAGCAGUUCAAGGAAGAAGUGGAGAAAGGUGAUUCUGGAUUUUGUUUGCCUUAUCGAAUUGACAAAGGCAAACUCGAAGAUUCAGCCACAGGACAUUCAUUCUCUAUCAAAAUUCAGUUCAAUUCUGAGGAACAGUGGACCAAAGCACUAAAAUUCCUUUUGACGAACUUAAAGUGGGGAUUAGCUUGGGUUUCGUCACAGUUUGCCAAAGAACAGAAUGAGUUUUACUAUGGAUAAAGUCUUCGGCCUUAUUCGAUAAGUAUAUGUAUAUUUAAAAGUAUAUUCAGCUCAGCAGUUCUACUAUUUCAUACGAAUGAUGCCACCUCUCUUGACAGCAACUUAAGAAAUGAUUUUGAAUGUUAAAAGUACUUUUGCAUAUAUUCAAUAAUUUUACAAAAUAAAAGGUUUAACAAAAAAAAAAAAUUGGAUAAAGGUUGCAGUGUUAUAUGCUUUGUUUUUAAUCUCUUGAAUAUAAUUGCUUAAUCUUUUAAAUUAUGAUUGUUUAAAAAAAGUACUUCUUUUAAAUUAUUGUAUUGCUCAAGUUUUAAUUUAUCACAAAAGAAACUUGAUAUUGAACAGUUUAUAUGCACUGAAUAUAAGUUAAUACACACAUAAAUAAUGGUUAUGCAAUGUGUAGUCGUGUAGUGAACGCAAGUGGCUUAUCCUUUUAUUCGUAUCGUGCUAUGAUUGACACCCAUGCAAAUUAACAAACGCAAUAAAAAUAAUUUAAAAAAAUAAAAUUAUACGUGGGGCCGAACAAUUUUGAGUCUACUGUUGGGAGGGGGGAACUGCGUAAGAUUUUCAUGUUCAAGGAAAAAAUUAUUCACAAGAUUUGUUCAGAAAAUUAUUUUUGUUAAAAUGCGAAAAUGUAAAAAAUUCAGGGAACGCAUGAAUCGGUGGAUCAUCACUACGUAUCCAACCCCAAUUUUUUUUUGGGUCAGGCGAUAUGUGCCGAUUUUUUAUAUAGGGUGAGUUUCCGUUCUCCUUUAUACUUUUUAUUGGGGCAUUUUUGUGAAAAAACCUGAUAUGUAAAUUUUUUUGUCUAGUUUCUCAUUAAAUAAAAAGUUUUGAUUUAACCCUUCAGAAUAAUGGGCUAUGAAUAGGAACUUAAGAACAGCAGACUCUUGUUAUCCGAGGGAUAUAUGGUAGCAAGCAUCAUCACUGCAAAUCGUGUGUGCCUAUCAUCAAUGUUAUGUGUGUAAAAUUACUUCCUACAAAAAAAUUUGUAACAAUUUCCUCAAAUAAUUUUGAUUAACAGGAUGGUCACAAUGUACUCAUUAAAGUGCGUGCCUAGUGCAAAUUUCCACUUUUUUCUUGUAAUGUAUGAGACAUUUUUACAAUUUGCACAGAAAGUUAAAGACCGUAAAAACUAAACUUCAAUGUGAUGGUUUUUAUAUGUUAACUAUAUGUAAUAAGGUUUUUAUGAUAUGUUAACUAUAUAUAAUAAACAUUUGAAUCUUUUUUUGGGGAUAGUCAAAGCCUCAAAGGUAAAAAAAAUUAUUAGGAACGAAAUUUGCAUCAGGCUGAUUACACUUUAACACGCCACAUCCAGUCUCCUGUUAAUCGAUAUUUCAGAAAAUUGUUUCUAAAUUAUUCUAUCUGUACCAUGAACAAGUAAUUUAAUAUCUAUUAAAAUAAUUUAUAAAUUAGUGAUAGGUUGAAGAAAAUUUUGUUUUUCUAAAAAGGAAAAGUUCUUUGAAAAUGGCCUGAGAACAUGAGCCUGUUUUUCUUAAAACGGUGUAGGUUUUUUGUAUAAUCAUCAGUAGGAAAACAUUAACCCUUUCACCGCUUUGUGUCUGACUACGUAAAAUAUACGACCCCUCCUUCAUGGCAUCGCUGCCAGAACCAGCAAAAACCCAGACCAUCUCCCUAUAUAUAACCUGCUGUGGAAAAUGUCCGUCACUCACCCUCUGCUUAUCCACCGGUGAAAACCACAGCCCCUCUUAUUGCAACAUACCGUCUGCGGACAGCAUCCUCCCCCGGCAAAAUUGCAGGUCCUGGACAUGACUUAAUCGACAGCAUAUAUUCAGCAUAUUACCAUAUUAUAUAUAUAAUAUGGUGUAGACAUUAGUACAUGCAAAUGUUAUUUUGAGUAAAACUUUAUUGUGGUUCUUGUUUCAAAUUGCUUUGUUGACUUUGUUCUUCCCCAGCACCCUUCAUGUAUUUAUUUGUGUUGUUUACAAGUUUUUUGUACAUAACCUGUUUGCAGGAAAGAAGAAAAAAGCGAGGCAAAAUCUGGUUGAAGAAAUAAAUAACAAAACGAAGAAAUCCUCAUUGUACAAUUGCAAUAUUAAAAAAAAAAUGUUUUGGUAACAGUCAACUUUCACAAUGGACAAGAAAAUAAAUACUUGGUAUUUUGUAAUAAUUUUUAUUUUAAUGUUCCUUUUUGAGAGAUUAUCUUUUAAAUUGUUUAAUUGAGAAUGUUGAAUAUUCCAUUUUUUCUUUUCACUUGUUCGGGGAGCUGGCUGUGUAACUAAGAUUUAUUUGAGUGAUGACUCUUCGCCUUGUAUUUCACAGUAAUUUGUACUCAAUUUAACUCAUUAAAUAACGAAUAUUGAUAAUUAUGGCCAAAGAUGGUUUUUAAAAGUUUUGUUGGUGUAUUGAAAU